CAAAAUUUCGCCGUGAGCUUUCUCCUCGUGUUUUUGUAAACAAACUCGGGUAGUCUUGAAAAUUCCUCCUAAAAUUAAGUGUUUUCUCCUUGAAUAUGGAUGAAUCCAGUAAAUUGCACAAAACCAAGAGAUCGAAGAAUGAAAUUGUGAGGACAUCAAUCGGUACUUAUCUGCGACAGAGGAAUUAUUACACGUUUGAUGAUAGAUUUCGGAGAUCUAGCAGAUGUUUUACCCAGAGCACAGAUCAGUUGCAAAUAACUGGGAAUGUGGAGAAGGAGAUCUUCCGGGGCAAUGCAUUUCUCUACUCCAAUGUCUUCUGCAUCAAUUCUUCUGUUCAGGUGGAUCAGCAGUUCUCAAGGAUCUCCCUGUUUAUUCAGUCUCUCAGUGGAGGCAUUCGGAAUGAGCUGAGAAAUCUUCUGCCGCCUCUCCUGUGUCAUCUCUACAUUGAAAUGUUGAAGGGGAGAGACUGGAAGCCAGCGACGGAUUUCCUGAAGAAGAAUGCCACAAUUCUCGGGGCAAUAGAGCCAACAGAGACUGGGAGGGUCAAUGGGGGGAAUAGUCAAGAGGAUAGUCUGCUGAAUCAGCUGACGGACAAUCAUCAGAGCAAGAUUGUCUUUGUCAAGGACUCCGAAGGCGCUGACUUGGGGGGAUUCGAUCAGAGGACAAGGAAUAUGUUCAGGAGUCUCAUUGAGACUCUGUCCGUCGUCACGAGCAAGCAUGACAUUCAGACAGAGCCGCUAGUGGCGAGAUUUCGCUCCACAAAGUACCGCAUUAUUCUGUCCAUUCAAGCGCUCUACGCUCUCAAGAGAUACCUCUCGAAGUACGGGCAUGUCCUCAUUCUGCAGACACUUCAGGUCUGGUUCCACAUUGACACAGUCCGGAAGGAGCUGCCCCUGAACGCGCUGGCGGACGAGGAAGUGGAGACGGAUGAGGAAGAAGUCAACGGUUGCGAAGAUGCCAAGGGCGUCAAGGUGUCCCAGUCGAGUUCCAAGGAUGACUUCCGGACACUUCAGAGUGGCGAAAGCACCAGGAAUCGCCUGGAGUCCAAUACGAGGCUGGAAAAUAUUGUGAAUAGCGAGAAGCUCCUGGCAAAGUAUCAGCUUCCGGUGAAAGUGAUUGGGAUCCGGGAGAAUUCCAAGAAACUGGUCUGUGCGUCCCUGGAUCCAGAUGGAUGCCAUGUGGCCAGUAGUUCGUAUGACUCAGAAAUCGCCCUGUGGACGAUGCACAAUAGCAAUUUUGGCGGUAGGAGACCCUGGAGGAUGUUCUGUGAGCGACAGUGUGCAUGGAAUCUGGCCAAUGUGGAUGAGGAUAUCGAAGAUGAUGCCACAGAAGUCAGUAGACUGACUCGUUUGAGGGAGAAUCCCAUAAAUCGUGCUCAGAAUUCGCCUCUGACCUACCUCCGGGGCCACACGAAGCCCGUCACGGAUGUCCUGUUCUCCCAGUGGAAUCCUCUGUUGCUCAGCGUCUCCCGGGAUUGCACGAUGAAGGCCUGGAAGGCGAGUGAUUACAGCUGCGGAGCAAUCUAUCGUGGACACAAUUAUCCAAUUUGGUGCGUUGCUGAGAGCUCCAAUGGACUGCUCCUGGCCACAGGAUCCAAGGAUACAACAGCAAGACUCUGGGCCACGGACAGAGAGCAUCCUCUGCAGGUUUAUGCAGGACACACUCAAGAUGUCGAUGUGAUUGCCUUCCAUCCGAAUGGGAAUUACCUGGCCACGGGAUCUUCAGAUCUGACAGUCAGACUUUGGUGCGUGACGAGUGGGAAGCUCCUGAGAGUCUUCACAGAAUGCAAACUUCCCCUCCUGAGCAUCGCUUUCAGUCCAGAUGGGAAAUACUUAGCUGCUUCGGGAGAGGAGCCAACAAUCAGGAUUUUUGAUCUGGCAGCAGGGACACAGUUGAGUGAACUAGCAACUGGUUGCGAUGCAACUACAACGACCAGGAGCAUUACCUGGAGUUCGGAUAGCAAGAAAUUGGCUUCGGCUGUGUUAAAUGGAUCCAUUCGCAUCUGGGACACGAGCAACGUCCAAGGGAGGGGGCACUCGGAAUCCGGGGGGACGUCGUCUCAUCAUUCCAGUGUCAUCAUGUCGUACGCAACUGGUUGCCACCGACUAGUGAGGAUUCAAACCAACGCCAACAACAGUUUCACUUGUUUAGGAAAUAAUUGAGUCUUUUUUUGACUGUAUUUAUUACAAUUUUUAUUUAACCAUUUAAGAAAAAUAAAAAAAAAAAUGAUUUUUCAGAA